AUGGCGGCAUUCUCAAACUCAGCUUGGAAAAUCAUCCCGCAGUUUUGCAGUAUCUCCAUCCCCCAGACUAUCAAAUUUUACACCGAAUCCCUCCACUUUACUCUUGGGGGUACGCAUCCGGAUGACGAGAAUAGCAUCCCUAUCUUCUGCUCAGUGGCCAUCGGCAAAAAGGCCGACGCGAACAUCUACUUCUUUAAGACGAAGCUGCCAUCCUCAACCAACGAACGCGGAAGUGAAGAUACUGAGCGCGUUUUUCAUCACUCAUCGGCAAUGAUCGCACUGGGGACUACUGAGCUGGAUGAAUAUUAUGAUAUUUUGACCAAGGAGGGGACAGUUAAAAUCACCAGGCCUAUCGAAGAUCAACCAUGGGGCUACCGACAAUUCACUGUGGAGGAUCCCGACGGCAACAAGCUUACCUUUUUCAAGUUUUUGGAGGGCGGAAAUCCGGGCACUGAAUAA